AUGGUAAAAUCUGGUUUUGAUGUUGAUAAUGGAUUAAAGGUAAAAAAAGAAUUUUCACUUCUCUUGCCUGAUAUUUUUUGUCCGAAAUGCAACAUUAGUUGUAAAAGUUAUAUUAAUAGCAUUCCUAAUCUUGUUUACCAUGUGAACAAGUACAAACUCAGGAAAUCAGAGUCAAGAAUUCCAAAUUUUCUAAACAGAAAAAUAACCAGAAGUUUUACAAAACUUUGUUCAAUUACAAUUAAUCCAAGUCGGUUUAAUCAUGUUGCCACUACUGUUGUCAAAUUAGAAAGACCAAACAAUGACAAAUUUUGGUAUAAAAUAGAAUCUAGAUGUGGCAUCGAUAGACUUACUUCAUCUGUUUUAUCUAGUCCUGAAGCUGCUGGUGAAGACUGGGACAAAAAUGUUUUUUUCUCAAAAUUAAAUUUAUUUCCUUCGGACAAUGCAUCUGCAAGUAAUUGUUUAUUUCGCAAACAUUCAAAACGUUUGAAUGUUCUAGAAAGUGAGUUACACAUGUUGGAACAAUUCGAUGUUACAUCUAACAUUUGCAAGAGUUGCAUUGUAAAGUAUUUUUACAAUACUAAAGAUUUCAAUUCAUUGGAUGAAUAUUGUAUGGACAACCAAGUUAAAAAAUGCUCAUUUGAAUUCUGGCCGUGCACAUUUAAUAAGCCUCCUUCGUAUUAUAAAUGGUCACAUUCCUAUAAAUUCAACAAAAAGGAAACUAUUAAAUUUUUGAAAAAACUUAAAUCAAAAAAUGCUAUGAUUCUAUUGGAAGGUUUGAAAACACCAGUAUUACGCUUGUAUCGAGUCCAACUUAACAUUUCGGAAAAUAUUUCUUUUAUAUGCCUUAAUGAUUUAAUUGCAAAUGCACGUGAGAGUCAGAAUAUAAUUGCACUUGAAAGCACUGUGGGUUCAAAAUUAAAUACAAAUAAUAUCUUUCUUAACAUUUUAGAUACUGGAGAUUGCUCUUUGUGCAUUACACCUCCAAUAACUCCUAUAGCUGACUGA